UCUUGGUGGGCUCUUUCCCCGGCGUGACGGGCCCAAGGGCGCCCCAUGAGGGCAGCAGAGGGGCCAGGCUGAGCAGCCUCACAGUUCCUUGGCCGGAGUGCCGGGGACAGUUUAGAGAGCUUCCGAGAGGGUCCAAAGGUGCGCUGCGUUCCGCUUGGCUGGGAGGGGGCGUCGCGGGGCCUUCCCCAGCCAGUUAAUGGGAAAGGGAUCCUCUGUCCAGUCCCAGCCAAAGUGAGAAAGGGUGAGGAGCUUUUGAAUAAGGAAACAGGCUCAUCUUUACAGUUCUUGUAUCCGCGAGAGCAGCUUCAGAUAAUAGGCCAGACUUCCUACGCCGGAAUCCGUGGCGCUUAGUUCUGUGGCCGGGAGGGGAUGCUCCCCAUUUUGGGAUUGGAGUGCGGCACUGCCGUCUGAGAGCCUGCCGAGUUCCGGGUUGUGCAGCCAAACAGGAAAAGGUGUACCCUUCUAGAGCCACCCUCUUGCAGUCUUGAAGCUUAAGAAAAGAUGUGGAGCGGACUGCUGCCUCCUGGCCUAAAUGAAAGUGAUAUUGAGUCGAAUUCUGAAGAUGAGGCCACAUCACAGAACUUUGAUCAUAACUUACAGGAAGAUAAAGAGGCUGGGACCAUUAAAGACACAGAAGUCUCAGAUUUGUCAGCAGAUGGACCAAAAAUUGAAACAGAGGCCAAGGCAAAUGCAUAUGAAGAGUGCCCUUCUGGAAUUCCCUUAAAUAUGUGGAACAAAUUUCAAGAAUUGCAUAAGAAACAUUCUGAACAGAAAACUGCGGCCUCAAGAUUCAAAGUGAGAAAGAGAAAACGCUCCAGAAAAGGUAAAUUGAAGAAUGAAAAAGAAUCUCGUAGUGAGCAGUCCCUAAAUGAAACCCAGUGGAAGGAGCUUACUCAGUAUUUUGGAGCCAAUGAUAGAUUUGAACCCCCUGUUAAAAAGAAAAAGGUUGAAAAGUCUGGCCUUGAAAAGAGGAUAGACCAGGCUGUGGAGGAGUGGGACGUUGAGAAGGCUGAGGAGCUCAGCAACCAGCUAGCUACUCGAGAGCUUGGUGUAAAAAUUGCCAAAGCAAUUGCCUGUCACAAGUUUGUAAAAGCCAAAAAGGAGGCUGAAAACUCACAGGCGGCUCGAAAAAAGAAGAAACUCGCAUGGGGGUUUGAAGCAAAGAAGAGAUGGGAAACCAAAAGCAACAUGGGAUAUAUGUAACCGGGGAGAAUUCUUCAAGACACAUGUAGACUUGUAUGCUUAAUUUACAGACAAGGUUUUUCUGCUUAGGUUAAAUAUGUCAGGAAGCUGAUAAAAGUAGGAAAAAGUAAGCAUAAAUCUUGGGAGUUGAUUAUCUGCUCUUUUAAGUUUUUUUCCAAGGAGUUCAUUCUGUUGAAGUGAUGGAAUGUACUUUGUUAUUUAUGUAAGAAAUCUAAGCAUACGUACAGGAAAAGAAGAUAGGAUUUUAUUUAUUUGUAUAGACUUACGGUAUAAAAUCAGUUUUACUUUUUAUCUGUUUGGUAUAGCAUAGCCUGUGAGAUCUGUGUACUUUCUUAUCUGUUCUUGGCAUAACUGCACUUUUUCUGGAAUUACGUUUUUAAGAUUGGCUUUUGUUUAGAAUGGAUUAGUCGUAAGUGCAAAAAAGUCUCAGUUGAUGCUAUCUUUCCAAAUGACUGUAAUUACCUUAAUGCUAUAAAAACAAUUAUUGAUUCUUUAUUGGAAGCAAUGGUAUUGUUAUUUCAUAGUCUCAUAUAAAAGCAGUUGAUUAAUUUUUGUAUACCUUCAGAUGAAAUGAUUACAAUAAAAAAGGGACAAAAUACAGUAA